AAUCUGAGUUUUGUAAAAACUUCAGUUGAGUCAUUGUAUUUUCAGCCGCAUUUUCACGUGAAAUUUCUUUUGAUAUUUUCACAGAAUUCACGACUUUUAGGCAGGAUUUUGCAUAUUAUUCAGUGUAUUUAUAGAGAAAAUAUUCUAUUGCGAUGGCUGCAGUGGCUUCCCCAGCAGAUCUAGAGCUAAGAAAGGCAUUUGCGGAGAUGCAGAUGAACAAAAUAGAAUCUACGAAGAAACUUAGGGUUUUGGACAUUCAAAUAGAAUCAUUAAAAAAGUCCAAACAGCGGCUCAUAAUCACUGAACACGAAGUAACAAAUCUUCCUCCAGAAACAAAAGUUUAUGCCUCAAUUGGAAGAAUGUUUGCAUUAUCUUCUGUGCCAGAAAUGACCUCUGAGCUUCAAGGGAAACAGACAAAGGUGGAUUCAAUGAUCAGUCAGUGUGACAACAAUAAGGGCUAUCUUCUUAAGAAUCUCAAGGAGAUGGAAGAUAACCUGAGGGAAUUGGUUCAGCAGAAGAAACGCGAUGCUGAUACUGCUGCUAAGUAGUUUUUAUUGCUUCCGGAUGAAAUGAUCAAAAUUAAAAUUGGCAAAUGACGCAAAUUCA